AUGGCGAUGCGUGGAGGACCGAAGUUUGCAUGCAUGGCCCCCAUCAAGGCAGCAUUGCGCUCCUUGGGCCAGGCCAUGUAUCAGACCUAUGCCCCGAAGGGCGUUCAUGUGGCUCACGUCGUCAUCGAUGGUGUCAUUGAGUCUCCAAACACCAAAGCCUGGGCUACAAAGGUCAUGCUGCAGGAUCCGGCGGACUUGGCUGAUGCCUUCUUCGCACUGCACGAGCAGAAGCCCUGUGUUUGGUCUUAUGAGAUUCAGCUGACGCCCUGCAAGGAGUCCGUGGGCAUAUCGAAGGUCUUCAAGCGUCGCAGGCUGGAAUACUACGGCCGCUCGAGUUGCGACUUCGACCUUUGUGAGCGGUGCUUCUCUACUUCCAAGAAGGCCUACUGGAGAGCGACACAGGAGCGGUCUUGUUGUCCAGCUUUCACAGGGAUGGCCGUUUCGCGGGCUCUCUUGUUCGCCUCACUUGUGGGAGUAGACGCCACUUGUGUUGGAGACACCUGCGCACCGCGGACGGAUGGCCCAUGGCUGUUGCAGCAAAGCAGCCGUCGUGGACAGCUUCAAUCCACUGUCCAGGUGAAUGCCACACCAUCGGAACUGAUGCCUUGUCUUGGGGGGGCAGUGUUGACCACGGCUUGCAUGACGGCAGCGCAAUAUGACGACGUUGUGUCUGCUGUUCGUGGCCACUUGGAGAGCUUACCAGCAAUCUGCACUGCCACGGAUUGCCCUCAAGCAGACUGGGCGGGCUGUGUUCUGCGAAUGGCUGGACACGACUUCAUGGACUUUGCUAAUGGCCAAGGUGGCGCGGACGCCUGCACGGACAUGACUGAUGCAGACAAUGGCGGCCUGCCUGCCUGCCUGGCAAACGGAGAGCAUGGGAUUUCGCUGCGGGAAGUCUACCAGGAUUUCUGCACGAGCGUGUCUUUGGCGGACUUCCUGGUGAUUGCUGCAGAGGCCGUUAUAAUGUCUACCAGAGCUCGACACGAAACAGCAAACCCGUCGGCCCCUCGGCUUGAUUUGCGCUCGUCUUUCCGUUUCGGCCGUACAACUGCAGUCACCUGUGACUUUGCUGCUGGUCGUUUGCCAAAUCCAGAGAACGGCUGCGACGCCGUUGAGCAGACGUUUUUGGAUGGAAUGGGCUUGGACUGGACGGAAGCUGCAGCCUUAAUGGGUGUCCACAGCUUGGGUCGCGCACAGGUGAGCAACUCCGGCUACCACGGAUGGUGGAGCGAUCCUGAGAACUCCCGUCGUUUCAACAACGACUACUUCGUUUCCUUGUUGGCCAAAGGCUGGAUCCCAGAGCUCGCCGUGGCUGGCAAUGCUGGCAAGAAUCAGUGGGAGCGCAGCGACAUUGGCCGCGACACUAGCUUCGACGGUCACGAGAUGAUGCUCAACUCCGACUUGUGCCUCGUCUACAGCGAAAAUGGCCGAAACGGAGGCCCAGUCCUUGCGACUGAGCACGACUGCUGCGCUUGGUUGACAUCCGAUACCAUCCCAGGAGCGCUUUCAAGCAACGGGGGCGAAUAUUGCGGAGGCAACCCCGGGCGUGGAGAGCGUGGACAGUGCUGUGGCGACCAGGCUGGCGAUUGUGGCGACCGCAAUGAUCCAAACGGUCCUGCUGCGGAUGCAGUGCUGCUCUUUGCUGGCAACGAGGCUGCUUGGCUAGAGAGCUUCGUCCGAGCGUGGACGAUCGCCAUCGACAAUGGCCACGAGAACUUGCAUGCCCUGGGUCAGUGUCCCGAGACCACCGCCACAGUCACAACCACCACAACCACCACUACAUCGACGGGCAGCACUCAAAGCGUCACUACAGGUGCAGCAACCACGCUGGGAACCACCACUGUUUCGACCACAAGUACCCCGACGCCCAGCACCACCUCGGCG